AAAGAAAGCGAUAGACUGACCGUAGUGACUAAGAAUAAUUAUGGUAUGCAUUAAAAAGAGUUAUUUACGACACUGUCAAGCAAGACUUGAGAAUAAAUAUUGAGAAUUAAUAAAUAGAAAAAUAACUAAAUAAUACAGUAAAUUAUACAGUAAUAGCAUAGUGAAAAACCGGGCAUAAAAAAACAUCUCUUCGUGUGAUGUCACGACGACAAUCUUUAAUCCAUGCUAAACUCAUUUUAAUGUUUCACACAUUUGCUGUUUGAUACUUAUCGUUAUUGGCUUAUUCAUUUUCAUCUUAGCGUUUUGCAUCGUUCCAGUUUGGAAUUCUUGAGUCUGUCAAGUUGUUGAUUACAAGGCCAAUUUCAAAGUAUUUUUUUUAGGCAUCAGGGGCCGGGAGAUUGAAACUGACAGUUCAUUAAAUCACCAAUUUCAUAAUCAGACAAUUGAUCAGAUAAAACUACAGAUUACGCUGAUUGUUGACAUGGAGAACUACUGCUCAUUUUAUUCGAUCGUCAAUACUUCUUGCAGCUCUUAUAAUCGAAGAGAAAAAAAUUCAGAAGCUACAAGCAUUCCUUUAUUGAACUGCACUAAAGAUAUUUCAUCUCAUAAAUCAUCCCUUGCGUUUAGUGGUGUAUACAAUGAAAAGGACUUGAUUCUCCUUCGAUCUGGUUUGUUUGGCGUCGAUCUACACAAACAAAAACAACUAAUAAUAUGCUCAUUUCAUCGUUCUACACUUGGGAUUGGCUGGGUUAGAACGAGCACUAAAUGCAGUGUCCCUAGGAGUGUCGCACGACAUAAGAGAAAGUCUGUCAAGGGAGACCGUGGCAUAAGUGCCAAGACAUCAGCACUUAUAUACGAAAUGACUGCUACGUUAAUUCCAGUUGGCUCAGGUAUAUGCAGAAAAUGUAGAGAUCACUUUGAGUCUAUCCCCUCCAAGGAGGAAAAUGAUGAAGACUUUCAAUCAAUGACAUCCGCACUUGGUCAAAUGGGUUUAGUAAGUUAAACAUUUAUUAUUAUUAUUAAUUUUAAUAUGAUGUUGUAUCAAUUCUCUUAAUUUCAUUAACUGAGCCAAGUUAUUUCGCUUCAAUGAAAGACACUUCACAUCUUCCUUUUCUUAUUCUUUUUCAU